AUGCAGGUGCAGAGCGAACAAGGGCAGGCUGUACGCCAGUACCAGCCACUGUCGCAGCAACAACAGCCACAACCGCCGCACCUGCUGCAGCAGCAACAACACUUUCAGCAGCAGCAACAACAGCAACAACAGCAACAUCCUCAUCACUAUCAGCUGACGUACUACCAGCCACCGAACCCACACACAAGUGGAAGCAACGCCAUGCCGCCCGCCCCGUACUACGUUCCUGGCGGUGCGGUCAUGUCAAGUGCACCAAGCGCGCCGCUUGCAGGACCAGCGUACCCGUAUCCGCAUCAGCGCAUGCCCCCACCAGCUCACGCUUCCAGUACCGCAACCUCUCUCACAUCCCUGGCAGCCGUCGGGCCGCCCCCUCCGCCGCCCCCUCCCCCUCCUGCACCAGCAGUAGCACAGCACCACACCUCUGUCUCUCACACCCUUGUCCGCAACACCACUGCAACGUCAGCCGCCGCUACUCCUGUCACGGAAGCAAACCGCACCACGAUCACGAACGCCGCCAGCAGCAACAAAGGCAGCCGGAGCGCAAGUGCUAGGGACGACGAGGAUGAUGGGGGCGGCAGCGGCAGUGGGAACCGACGGAAGCGAGCAAAGCGGCCACGCACAACCGUGGCUCAGCGACACCACUUGCUCGUGUUGCUGGACCGGGGUGAAAUCACGCCCACGGCGGCUGCGGAGCGCGCUGGCGUCUCCAAGACGGCUGUGUCCAACUGGAUACGCCGCCACCGCCAAGGACAUAUGCCGCUUGUGGACGACGGUAACGCCUCGCGGCAGCGGCAGCGCCCGCCAAAGUAUUCGCUUGUGGAGCCCCGCGUCGUGGCCUUUGUCAACUCUCUGCCCUCAAACCGGCCCAUCAGCUGGUCCCGCGUCCAACAGUAUGCCCAGGAGGUGGCACGUGAGCUGGUGGCGGAGGGCCACAGCGAGUACGCAAGGUUCACGGCAUCGGCCGGAUGGUUCCAGGGGCUGAAGCGACGGUAUAACCUCACGUUCCCAAACACGCGCUCCCACGCAGCCGCAACAGCGGCGAGGGCUGGUGGUGACGGCAGGAGCACGGCAGCCAACGUACACAGCGCGGGCAGUGAUGGUGCUGCGAAGCAGCAUCAACAUCAACAUCAACAUCAGCAACAUCAACAUCAGCAGCAGCAGCAGCAGCAGCACGAGGAGGCGAACGGCAAAGUGGAAGGCAACAGCCAUCAAGGUGUCCCAGCCAACGGUGGCAGCAGCGGCAUGACGGGUGCGGCGAUGGCGACGGUGCGCGAUGGUGGAUAUGAAACCGUCGAUGUGGGCGCAAUUGGAACGCGCGGAAGUGCAAUGCGGCGUGGUGGCGGCGCGGAUGGCAUCGCUGCAGCCGGUGGCAGUGGUGUUGGCAGCCAGCACCGGUGUGGCGGCGGUAGCGACGGUGGUGGUGAUGGUGAUGGCGAUGGUGAUGAUGAUGACGACGACGAGAAGACGAUUGACGUCGCAAACGCGACCGGGCUCCAGGGCCAACAUCACGCGAGUGCCGGACAACCACACGAUGGUGGCGGUGCUGGUGAUGCACACCACGUGUCCCACCUCCACGCUGAGCCAUCAGCUGGGUACGAGGACACUGCUCAGCAGCACGUGCACGUUGAUGGUGACACCACACGCCAUAUUCCGUCCAGCAUCAGCAGCAGCAUCAGCAGCAGCAUCAGCAGCAGCACGCUGCCACUGCCACUGCCACCGCCAUCCCACCCCGUCCAGGAGCACCAGCAACAACAACAGCAACAACAUCAGCAGCAGCAGCAGCAACAUGGUGGUGAGGGCGGUACCGGGGUCGACAAGUGGUGA